AUGACGACCGCUAGUGCGCCGGCGCCUCUUGGUGAGUCGAUACACCAGCUCCCACCAGAUACCAUCUCUGGCGAGAGCGAAAAGGCGCAGUUGACUCCUACCCAACAAAAGCGCCGUAGCUUCUUCAAUUUCGGCAAGAAGAAGCAGGCGGCUUCGGAUGACAGCAGCAAGACUUCAUCUACUACCGUUAUCCCUCCAAUUACUACCAUCUCUCCACCAGAGACCAAGUCGACUGGUACCAACAGCACGACUUCACCAGUCUCUCCGGUCCGUUCAAGCCACUUCGGCUCUCAACGUCGCUCUAAAGCUGGUUCUCCGCGACUUUCGACUUCCUCUAUUUUUGAGCGAAACGUUCAAGAUCCUUCCCUUCCACCAGGAAGCCCCUCCAUUCCUACCCACUUCUCCACCGAGAACCACAUUCCCGCCGUCCUCGAAGCUACUUCCUUGGCGAUAACCGACUCUUCAGUCGAUCCGGACCGCGUGGAAAUCGUUUCUUCAACCUCUCACCACACGGUCCUUUCUCACCCCGAGUCUUACUCUAACCCAUGGGCCGAAGAAUCUGCGCAUAGUGGCGAUGAAUCCAUUGGUCACGGCUAUACUUCGUCUCUGGCAUCAGCUGACAAGCGUCGGCUCUCGUUCAUUUCCUUCGCCGAUGUCGUCCAAGCUGAAAAUGAGCAGGCCUCGCAGUCUUCCACCAACCUAGAAUCAUCGCAUAUUAGCAAACCGACAGCUUCACAAGCGAGCAAUAGAGCUCCAUCGCUUCGCUCAAACUCACCCAUCCGAACUCCUCCUCAUGUUCCUCAUUCUCCUCCCGGUACUGGUUUGGGACUUAGUGAUUUCAGUAUGGAGAAGGAUAUGAGUAUUCCUGCCCCGAGCGCUGCUGCUCACCAUAGUGAGGUCACAGUCGAGACGUUAAGCCAGGCGCUCAAAAAACACGGAAGUGCCGACUUGAAGCAAGCCGGCAAGCCACAUGGUCAACAGCCAAGUCUUGGGACCACUGCCGAGUUUGACAACCCUUGGAGAGAUUAA